CCGGAAUCGGAAUUUGAAUGGCACGGUAUCGCAUGGUUGGCUGGUGAGCCGCCACAAACGGCAGAAACGUGUACGGCGAAGUGCGGUCGACUCGUCGAUGCGCUGCUGUUCCGCCGCGCUUGUCAAUUUUCAGUUUUUUCGAAACGCGUGUGUAAAUAAACAAAUUAUUACUUUUCAUUGCGAUUUAUGAUGAAGUGAUACAAAUGUUUGUUUUAUAAUCGUGUCUUUACAAAGUGGAGCGUUUUGUAUGUAUCCGUAACCGCUUCUCGCAAUGACAAGGGAGAGCACUCAGUUACCUUUUGAGAAACCGGAGGCAUUAAAAUGUUUCAUGUGGCCUAAUUGAUGCCUCGUUUUUUGUAUAAAUAAGUGUAUACGUUGAUUUUAAGUACUACUGUGAAUUGUUUAGUGACGCUUUUGAAGUUUAACCGUCGUUUCGACUCGGUCGUCAGUCGUCUACACGUUGAAAAUGAGUGUGUUGAGUGGUUUGAGCAAAGCUGACUUCAAGACGGCAAGCGAUGGGCUGCUGGAGUUGCCCGAGGAACGGCUCCGGAGUAUCAUGCGCACGGAGCCCAUCACCUCCGUCUACCACGUAGAACAGACACCCUUUGCAAGGGGCAAAUUCGCGUCAGUCCGCAAGAUCCGGCACCUGGUGUCGGGCAAGGAGUACGCGGCCAAGUUCAUCAGGAAGCGGCGGCGCGCGGCCGACACCACGCGCGAGAUACUUCACGAGGUGGCCGUGCUGGCGCUGUGCGCGGACUGCACGCGUGUCGUCAGCUUGCACGAGGUAUACGAAACACGUUCAGAAGUGGCCAUAGUGCUAGAACUAUGCGCGGGCGGCGAGCUCCAGCGCUUACUAGACGAGGAGGAGCGGCUCUCGGAGGGCGCGGCGAGGCGAGCGCUCCGCCACGUGCUGGAGGGCCUGGCGCACCUGCACGCGCGCCGGGUCGCGCACCUGGACCUCAAGCCGCAGAACCUGCUGCUCACCGCCAGCGGGGAGGAGCUGCUCAUCUGCGACUUCGGCAUCAGCAGAGCGAUACAGUCCGGCGCACACGUCAGGGAAAUAUUAGGCACGAGGGAUUAUGUCGCGCCAGAGAUCCUGUCAUACGAGCCGCUGUCGCUGGCCGCGGACAUAUGGUCCGUGGGGGUGCUUGCGUACGUGCUGCUCAGCGGGUACUCGCCGUUCGCGGGCGACACCAAACAGGAGACGUACCUGAACAUUGCGCAAUGCCAGCUCUCGUUCCCGAGGGACUUGUUCCGCGGCGUCUCGCAGCGCGCCGUGCAUUUCAUAAGGGAGACCCUUGUUGUUGAUCCGAAGGGUCGUCUUACAGUGGAAGAGUGCCUGGAGCACCCCUGGUUGAAAGACGAGGCGGACAUGCCGCGCGUCAUCGUAGGCGUCGGCUACGAGGCCGCGACGCACUCCGACGACGAGGCGGACGAGCACAGCCUUAACGGAGUUAACGGCGUUAACGGAAUUAACGGCGUAAACGGUAUUAACGGAUGCAACGGCAUCAACGGUGUCAACGGUCACAACGGAUGCAACGGCACUAAUGGCACACACGACGACGAGACAGAGUCGUCGCGGCCGUCGUCGCCGAGCGCGCCCGGCGCCCGCGACGAGCGCGACGACGAACGCGACAAACCGCUCAAGCAUGCGCAUGCGCGCGACAACUCGCCGCCCUGCACCGACGCACCCUCCACACCCAAGGUGUCGCGCAAAUCACACCCACAUCCUCCGUCAGUGCUGGCGCUCUGCAAGAAAUUUCAACCCGACUACGAAAAGCCGGCGAAACUGUCACACGCCCUGUCGCCGCCCGCGACAACGACAGAUUGCGCGUGCGCAAACACACGAGACACAGCGGGGAGCGGCGCGAGCGUGGGGUCGGUGGGGUCGGUGGGGUCGGUGGGCACGUGCCUGCGCGUGCGCGCGGCGCGGCCGCCGCCGGACCGCGCCGUGCUGUGCUAGCGCUACCUGUGCUGCGCGCUGCGGCGGCCCUAGCGUCGCCGCCGCGCCCUGCAGCGCGGAGCCCCCGGCACCACCCGGCACCACCCGGCACCACCCGGCCACACCCAGCCUCACCCGGCCUCACCCGGCCGCUCCUCCGCCGACGGUACAAAACGCAUAAUCGUCACGCGAGCGUCGUCGCGACCCGCGGCGACACCGCCCGCUCCGAUCGAUAUACGACGAUGGCCUUAUUCGGUGUUCAGAUUGUGUAGUAGAUGGUUAACAGAGUACGUACUUAUCGGACAAGGAUUCGCCGAAACAGUAUGUUAUUAUAUUAUGAUAGGAGAUGUUUUGUUUUGAUUUCUAUGGCGGGGAGCGGGCGGUGCCGCGGCGCGUCGCCAGUGUAGUGCGGGAGAGAGAAGGGAGGCGUCGCACGCGGACCACGCCACGCCGCACCAGUUGUAAAUAAUCUAAUAAUGUCGUGUUUAUUUAUUUGAUAAUGGGCUGCACAUGCGGACGUUUCCGUCGAUGUCGAUAGACGCAACUUCGACCCGCAAGUGGACAAAAUCGACUUUUCGACUACAGCCGUGCUAUUCUAUUGUAUCGAUUGAGUCGAAUGAUGUUUGUGAAGUUUGUACAGUGCGUAAAGCCGCAGCUGUACCUAUCGCGCCCGUCACGCGUCCGUGUCGUGCCCGUAACGCGCUCGUCACGCGUCUGUGUCGUGCCCGUCACGCGCUCGUCACGCGCCCGUCACGCGCCCGUCACGCGCCCGUCACGCGCCCGUCACGCGCCCGUCACGCGCUCGUCACGCGCCCGGCACGCGCCGGCGCCGCGCCACGUUACAUACUUACUUAGUUAUUAAAUGAAAUUGUUAAUGUGUCGGUCACAUCGCGUGACGUCUAUAUUGUAGAUGUAAGUGUUCAGAUUGAUGCAGAGGAGAGUACUUGAGAGGGCGGCGGCGCGGUGAUACGCCUCCGCCCGGUCGCGUCGUCGAGUGUCUGGGACCAAAAUUUGAUUGUCUAGCAGUCGCAAUACGAGUCCGCGCGGAUUGUGAAGCCGCGCGGAUGGAUAUUUUUAAUAAAAUGGCCGGAUGAAGUCGGUCGAGUCAAUUGUGACAGUUAAUAUUGUAGCUAUGGGUACCUAAUCGUUGAUCUAUCGCUUAUGGCCAAGAGUUGUUAAAUGUUUGAUAUGUACAAUAUUGAAAUUUUAUCACUAGGAGUGACCGUUUUCGGGUUGUUAUUUAGAUAGGAUAAAUUACGUAGUUCGUGCGAUGGUCUUAUGAGCUCAAAUCUUGCGUCUCGUUAUAUUUUGUGUUGAUGUUUAUCAUCGAAGUGCUUAAGCGCGAUGUCUAGUUAGAACAUUAUUUCCACAUUGAAAAAUCUAUUUCUAUGUCUCAUUGUGUAUUUUUUUGUUUUCUUUGUCAUUCAUAGUGAUUUUUUUGUUUCAUUUUAACCAUUUUCUUUGAACUAAACACGAAGAUUACCUUUUGAAAACUGUUGUGAUUCAAAACUCAUUUGUAAAAAAUAAAUUAUUGUGAUAUAAA